AUGUUUUCUAAAGGAAUAGAUGAUUUAGAAUUACUCCUAAACUUAACUUUAAAAGAACAACAAAAAUUUAAAAAACAAGCAACACAUUAUAUUGUUAAAAACAAUCAACUAUACCGGAAACCAAAAAGAUCUUUACAAAAGUUAUUACAUGUAGUUCAGGA